AUGCCGAUCUAUAUUCUGAUACAAGUAACUAGCGGCUAUUCAUCCCCUCAGGGCCUGGUAAUGCUCGACCAAUUUUUUCCGCCUGUCGAGCGAGACAAAGUUCGACUCAUGACUGUCUUUUUUGGCGCCAACGACGCCGUACUACCCCCUUACAAGCAACACGUCCCGCUACAGACGUAUCGGCAGAGUUUGCGGGAUAUUGUCACCCAUGAAGCGGUGCGUUCGCAUAAGACUAAAGUCCUUUUGCUCACGCCACCACCAGUCAACGAGUAUCAGUUCGAAGUGCUCGAUGGGACGAGCGGCCCUGCUGCUCCCAUGCGAAGUGCCGAAAACACUAAAUUAUACGCAGAUGCCUGCCGGGAGGUGGGAAGAUCGCUAGGCAUUCCCCUGGUCGACAUCUGGACUGCGUUUAUGAAGGAGGCCGGCUGGGUUGAGGGAGAGCCUUUGGCAGGAUCGAAGAAAGCGCAGCCGAAUCAAAAACUUGCUGCACUUCUCUCAGAUGGUCUUCAUUUAAGCCCAGCAGGCUACAAGAUCAUGUAUCAGAAGACGAUGGAAGUGAUCCGUGCAAAAUAUCCCGAAGAAGCACCAGAAAAUUUGCCCAUGCUAUUUCCACCAUGGGACAAGGCUCCCUAUCACAAAACCUGCACAUAG